AUGGUGAUGUCCCGCAAACCACCGCCAUUUCUGUCUCCCCGCCGCGUGAGGUCAUGUCCUAGAAAUUCAGUCGUAGGUUUUUGUGUAUAUGCGUAGGUGUAUGUGUAGAGGAUGUGAAAAGCAAUGUGAAUGCCUAUUGUCGUUGCCGCACGCCUAUGCGGGAAGGGAUUGGAGGUCGUCUGUCUUGUGUCUGACCUGUGCUUUUUUCUAGAAUGUUUGUACGGAGGGUUCCAAGUAUCACACUAAUCACAUCACCCUUUCUUCUUGCUUCACCCCUUUCUCCUUCAGGCACGCACACUUUUACACAACCACAUAAUUUGGUGCAUCAAAAUUUCGUGAACCGUAGACUAGUAUUCGAGCAGAAACAGUCUUCGUUAGCAACCAAAACAAGAAGAAAGUAAAAGUGCUGUGUGGCCUUUGAGGCAAGUGCGGGAGCAGGACUGUCGUGAAGACAUUGUGUUAUGACCUAUGAUGGAGGCGAGAAAGUGCUUGACGAGGUUGAUGUAGGUACUUGAGUUAUUCCCCUCUCAUUUUGUCCUGUGAUUAAUCUUGUCAUACCGUCAAAAGAUAACCUGUGGUGUAUACCUGGACAUUCUUGUUUACUUGACCUUUAUUUUAAAAUGCGACAAACACCUUGGUGGUGAUGUUAAUGGUUCACCUUCUGAACUCGAUGGGUAAGCUCGUGUACAUCUAAUUUGCUUGAUGUGUUCCAGUUUGAGGCGGGGAGCGUGAUGAAGUUUUGCUCUGUUCUCCAGAUGGUAUCGCGCGGUCCUCACGCCGGGAGCUUCCUCCACAGGCUGUUGAGUCUGUGUGAAGAGAGGCUCAGGCAGGAAGCACAGGGCGCUGAAUGUGUGCCGCUUCUGUUGUCGAGCUGACACAGAUAAGAUAAUAAGUCAAACUCUAGUUAACUUAAUCGUAACGAGGUGCUUUGGUGAAUUUUGAGUGUUCAAUAGGUCAGGCCACUUUUUAGUCCUCCUCCUUGUAUUCAGCUCAGGUGGCUGGUCUUCGGAGCCUCCCAGACGUAUUCGUGUCUGUCUGGUACUGGCUUCUCGUGAAGCACGAUCAGUGUGUGUGUGUGUUGGCGAUGUGUUUGGUGUGUGUGUUCGUGGCGAGAAUAUGUACAUUCAAGGGCUUGUUUCCUCAGGAUUCUGAAGGCCAAGAUGGGAUGCGAUUUUUGCUGAGGAUUUAUGCUCGUCCUUCACUUUGUUAUGUGGAAAAAAAGGGAUAGCUUCUCCACCCCUGCUUUUAAAAUAGUGGACUCUUCUCGGUGUGUUGCGUGCAUCAGUGGCUGUAACUUUAUGUGGAUGAUACGUAAUCUCAGUGUGUGCAGAUCGAAAGCUUCCACGUCUGACACCUCGCUUUCACGAUCCGGUCCCUCCCCCUAACCUCCACUAGUGCACGCUAUUCACCGUGGGUUCAAAGCUGUCGUCACCGCUAGCCCCUUAACCACAAUGGAGUCGCAGGUCCAUUAGUCGUGAAGUUGUCAGUAGGUGUGGGGGAGACGGACCUGAGAGUCGCACGACGUGUGCCCCUCGCUCCCUUUCGUGUGCGGGGGACAUGAUGGCCGAGGUCGAUAAGGACGCAACAGACUCUGACACUCGGCAAGACUGUCUAACUCGACCCUUCCCCGCAGACACCAGGCCACAGUCUGUCUCCCCCAGUCGCUCCAGAUGACGGGAGGCGUCUACCCGGGGCUGCAGCCCGAUACUCCCGAGAAUAGGAAACCGCCUGUGGUCACCUUCCAAGGUUCACCCACGCGCAAGAAUGGAGAAGACGAAAUGAGUUCUGGGAAUUGGCAGCAGGGCAAGAGUGUGCUGGCGUGCAACCGCCACAUGCUGGAGAACCAGUUGGCAUGUGACGUGUGGUUCAGCGUGGGCCCCGGCAGGGAGCGGGUGGGAGCCCAUCGUUAUGUCCUGCAGUCCAGGUCCGGCGUUUUCUUCGCCAUGUUCGACGAGCCCGGGGAGGAGCUGACCGAGAUAGGCCUGCCAGAAACCAGCCCUAAAGUCUUCUGGCAGUUCUUGAGGUACCUGUACUAUGAAGAGCUGCACCCCGCCGUGGACUCGGUGUUCGGCCUGCUGAAGCUAGCGGAGGAGUACGAGCUGCUGGCGGUUCAAGAAAUGUGUCUGCUGUUCUUGCGAGACUGCCUGACGGAGCACACGGUGUGUGACAUCCUAGAGGUCGCCCACAGACACGACGACCAGGCGCUGCACAAGGAGGCCAUGGCGUACAUCCGCAAACACGGCGAGGACGUGGUGCAGACGGCGGAUGGACGGCUGUGUCGAGACUGCCUCAAUCAGGUGCUGACUAUGGACGGGCUGGACCUUAACCCCGAUAUCAGAGAGGAGGUGACGGACCGCUGGGCUCGCCGUCAGUGUGAGAGGAGGGAGUGCGAGCCGACUGCCGACAACAAACUGAAUUCCCUGGGCGACGUCAUCUACGUCAAGCGCGAUGACACUACGUCGCACCGCUACGUCCUGGACACCGUCAGCGAGCGCCACCUCUCGCGGGAGGGCAAAGACCUCACACCGCCUCGUCGACUCAGCACCGACGACCUGCCCGACGACAGCCUGUCUGUGACAUCAAACUCCACAGUGGCCUCCCGUAGCAGCGGGGGAUCGCAGAGCUCUAGGAAAUCGCAGACCUCCUGUGCCACCUGGCCGGAGGCAAGCCAGGUGACGCGCUUUCGCGAGGUGGUUGGGGAUCUGCCCAGCGACGGCAGCAACGCGGACGCCAUCACCUUCACCGCUGACCGAGAUGUAAGCCUGUACGGGUUCGGCAUCUACGGCAGCAAGCAGCCAGGCGAGGCCGCCUACCGCGUGGACACUAUUCUCACUCGCAAGAAAAAGGACGUGGUCAUGGAGUCUAUUAGCAUCAAGGGGGCCGGCAUCGUUUUGCCGGUCAUGCUGCAGAAACCCGUGCAGCUGGAGAGGGGCAAGCCCUACACCCUGGAGGUUUAUGUACAUGGACCGCCCUGCCACUGCGGCGCCGACGGGAUUGCAACGGUCACGGACGGUGUCACGACCUUCACCUUCAGCCGGGCACGGACCGUUAAGGGCAACCGCACCACUGAGAGAAAGGGACAGAUCCCCCGACUGUACUUCGUGCCAUUGUGAAGCCCUCGGACAAAUGACCUCGGUGGCUGUCAAACGUAUCUUCUGAUAUCUUUACCGGAGACGGUGUGCGUUUUCAAUACACAUCCAGUUUCAUGAACUGCAAAGAUGCAACUAUGAUGAAAUCUAACUUUUUGGUCGCCAGCAAAGGAUGAAAUUAAUGUUGUCAGGACCAGACAACAGAACUGGGGAUUUCAUUGGAAAGUUAGUGUACCUGCUUGUGUGCAAGUGGGACGCGAUUGAGAAGCUGCCUGGAUGGUUGAUUCUUCUAGCGUUUGUGUGUGGAUUGUCUGUAGUUAGUUGAUAGGUCUACAUUGUCAGCAACAUCUUUCCCCCUGAAGCAUCGUAACACCCUUUGAGAAGUUACUAUGUACUGCAUUGUGAGAGAAACUUCACUGACUGAUGGAAUUUAUGUUGUUGUGUUAACAGCUUUUCGUUUAAAAAAUAUAUAACAGGGUAUUUCCGUAAAUGUUCCUGUUCAUAAAUAGGGUUAUUGUCUCGUGCACAAAGCCGCUUCAGCCUUUUGGCAACUUUGUGAAAUGUUUUGGCAGUGUGUACUUAAGAUGUUUUUUCUUCGCUUCACUCAGCUGCAAGACGUCAGUGUUUGUCUAGUCUAAAUUAAGAGUUGUUGAUAAUCUAAGUGCUUUAAACAUGGCGUCUUUUGUGAUGAGCGACAGACAGUUGUUAAACGUGAGCGUGUAUACUCAAGACAAACACGUUACUUUAAUGUUGUUUUCCUUCACGGCAAGUGUUGUUCAUUAGUUAUUGUCACAGACUGUGCUUUAGGCUCCUCUGUGAGAAGUCAUUUGUUGUGUCACAUGAUAGCUAAGUGCCACAUGUCUCCUGCCAGGCUUUCAUCAUUGCGUUGUGCAGGGCCGAGCACAAACCUUGUAGUGGCUUUGAGGCGGGGACAUCACAGUGAAAUGUGGGGACACUUGUAUACCGGUUUUGGGGAGUUCUGUUUUUUUUCAUUAUUAUUUCACCUUUUGGAAAAUGCAUCAGAAACAAAUAAAAGUUUAUAUUUUA